AUGGCUUCUGGUCAGAAAGAACAAAAAAUACUUCCAGACCUUCCACAAGAAGAUAACCAACAAACAUCUAAAGUUAAAUUUGAUCUUGAUCAUUCUCAUCAUACUGAUGAUGCCAAUGAAUCGUUAGAUGAAGUUGAUGAAUUUCUCGAAUUUUCAGCUCUUUCAAAUCAACAUUCAUCACCGAAUGAUACAACACUAAAUGGUACGACAUCUUCAAACAAAAGUUUAUCAAGUACUGAUAGUAAAUCUGAAAAGAGAAAACGUUAUUCUAGAAAAAUGUCUGGUCUUUCCGUGGGAUCAGUUGGUAUACGACCAACAAGUAUGACAACACCGAAAGAACUUUCAGAUCUAUUAGGCGGUUCACGUGUGAUCAAUAAAAUUCUUAUUGCAAAUAAUGGUAUUGCAGCUGUUAAAUGUAUGCGUUCUAUACGUCGUUGGUCAUAUGAAAUGUUUCGACAAGAAAAUACAAUUAAAUUUGUUGCAAUGGUUACACCAGAAGAUAUGAAAGCAAAUGCUGAAUACAUUCGAUAUGCUGAUCAUUGUGUUAAUGUUCAAGGUGGUCCAUCACAUAUGAAUUAUUCAAAUUGUGAACUUAUUCUUGAUAUAGCAAAACGAUUUCCUGUACAAGCUGUUUGGGCUGGAUGGGGUCAUGCAUCAGAAAAUCCUAAACUGCCAGAAUUACUUCAUCGACACGGAAUAAUAUUUAUUGGUCCACCAGAACAAGCUAUGUGGGCAUUAGGAGAUAAAAUAGCUUCAACAAUUAUUGCUCAAAGUGCUAAUGUACCAACAUUACCUUGGAGCGGAUCUCAUCUUAAACUUGAUUGGAGAGAAGAAGAUCAUGAAAAUGCUGAUGUUCCUAAAGAAAUGUAUGAAAAAGCAUGUGUUACUGAUCCUAAAGAAGGUGCAAAAAUUGCUAGUCGAAUUGGUUUUCCAGUUAUGAUCAAAGCAUCGGAAGGUGGUGGUGGAAAAGGAAUACGUAAAGCAACAAGUCUUGAUGAUUUCGAAAAUUAUUUUCGACAAGUUCAAACAGAAGUGCCUGGUUCACCAAUAUUCCUAAUGAAAUAUGCAGAUAGUUGUAGACAUUUAGAAGUACAAAUACUUGCUGAUCAAAGUGGACAAGCUAUAUCAUUAUUUGGUCGAGAUUGUUCUAUUCAACGACGACAUCAAAAAAUUAUCGAAGAAGCACCAGCUAUUAUAGCUCCGCCAGAAAUUCUUGAACAAAUGGAAAAAGCAGCUGUACGUUUAGCAAAAAUGGUUACUUAUGUUAGUGCUGGAACAAUUGAAUAUUUAUAUAAUCCAAGUGAUCAAUCAUUCUUUUUUCUGGAAUUAAAUCCACGAUUACAAGUUGAACAUCCUUGUACAGAAAUGAUUACAGAUAUUAAUUUACCUGCAUGUCAAUUACAGAUUGCUAUGGGUAUAUGUUUACAUCGUAUAAAAGAUAUCCGUUUACUUUACGAUGAAGAUCCAUUUGGUGUAGAACCAAUCGAUUUUGAUAAUCCACGUACAAAACCUCAUCCACAUGGUCAUGCAAUUGCAGCACGUAUAACAAGUGAAAAUCCGGAUGAAGGUUUCAAACCAAGUUCAGGAACAGUUGAAGAAUUAAAUUUUCGUAGUCGACAGAAUGUUUGGGGUUAUUUUAGUAUAUCAUCAUCUGGUGGUUUACAUGAAUUUGCUGAUUCACAAUUUGGACAUAUUUUUUCACAUGGUGAAACACGAGAAGAUGCUCGAGAAAAUCUUGUCGUUGCAUUGAAGGAAUUAUCAAUCCGUGGAGAUUUUCAUUCAACUGUGGAAAUUUUAAUACGAUUAUUUGAAACGGAUGAUUAUAUAAAUAAUACAAUAAAAACAAGUUGGCUCGAUGGUUUAAUUGCUGAACAUUUCCAAACAGAAAAACCAGAUAUUAUGUUAUCUAUUAUUUGUGGUGCAAUACAUGUAGCUAAUGAAACAUUUCGCAAUAGUUUUCAAAAUUUUCAAUCAUCACUUGAACGGGGUCAGAUAUUGUCGAUGAAAGCUCUUUCAAUUUCACAUAAUGUAGAACUUAUUUUUGAAUAUAUUAAAUACAAAUUACACGUUACGCAAUGUGGUCCAAGUAGUUUUUUUGUCGUUAUGAAUGAUUCUUACGUAGAAUUAGAAGCGCAUAGAAUGAAAGAUGGUGGAAUGUUGAUCAAUUUAGAAGGUUCAAGUUAUUUAACAUUCAUGAAAGAAGAAAUUGAUAGUUAUAAAAUUGUUAUUAAUAAUAAGUCAUGUGUAUUUCAAAAAGAAAAUGAUCCAUCAAUAUUAAGAUCACCCUCAGCAGGAAAACUUCUUCAUUAUACUGUAGAAGAUGGUAGUGCAAUAGAAGCAGGACAAGUUUAUGCAGAAAUUGAAGUGAUGAAAAUGGUGACAGAAUUACGAUGUCCAUCGAAAGGACAUCUCCAAUGGAAUAAACGUCCUGGUGCUGUUCUUGAUGCAUCAUGUAUUCUUGCUCGUAUUAUAUUUGAUGAUUCUCAACAAAUUCAACAAUCAAAAUUAUAUGAUGGUAAAUUUCAUUUUGAUAUGUCCGAUCGUUCAACAAGCAUGAAAAUCAAUCAAAUAUUUCAAAUAAUAAAAGAUUCAUUACAAAAUAUUCUUGCUGGUUAUUCUUAUCCUGAACCAUAUUUUCGUGAACGACUUAAAUCAAAUGUUGAAAAAUUAUUUUCUAUUUUACGUGAUCCAUCAUUACCAUUACUUGAAGUUGAAGAUAUUUUAUCCAAUAUAUCUGAUCGUAUACCAAAAGAAGUUGAUAAAGAAAUUAAAAAAAUUAUGAAAAAUUAUUAUAGUAAUUUAACAUCUGUCUUAGUGCAAUUUCCUUCACAACAAAUGGCAUUAGUUUUUGAUAAUUAUGCAACAAAAUUAGAACAACGAUCUGAUCGAGAUGCAUUCUUUGCAACUAUACAAAGUCUUAUACAAUUAGUUCAACGUUAUCGUACAGGUAUUAAAGGACAUAUGAAAACAGUUAUAACAGAUUUAAUAAGAAAUUAUUUAAAUAUUGAAACAUUAUUUCAAUAUGGACAAUAUGAUAAAUGUUUAACAUUAUUACGUGAUAAACAUAAAAUUGAUAUGCAUAAAGUUGUUGAAAUUGUUUUUUCACAUGCAAAUUAUAAUUCAAAAAAUACACUUGUUAUUAUGUUAAUUGAUUUAUUAUUUGAACGUGAUCCAACAUUAACAGAUGAAUUAACAGCAUUAUUAAGUGAAUUAACAUUAUUAACACAUGUAACUAAUUCAAAAGUUGCUUUAAAAUCUCGACAAGUUUUAAUUGCUUUUCAACAACCACCCUAUGAAUUAAGACAUAAUCAAAUGGAAUCGAUUUUUUUAAGCGCUAUUGAUAUGUAUGGACAUAGAUUAUGUCAAGAAAAUAUUCAAAAAUUAAUUCAAUCAGAAACAAGUAUUUUUGAUGUUUUACAUAGUUUUUAUUUUCAUUCAAAUAUUCAAGUGCGUCAAGCAGCAUUAGAAGUUUAUGUUCGUCGUUCAUAUAUAUCAUAUGAUUUGAAUAGUAUUCAACAUCGUUUUCUUUCAGAUGGUACUUGUGCAGUUCAAUUUGCUCUAUAUCUUCCACAUAAUCAUCCUAAUCGAUUAUUUCAACAAGAACAUAUGGCUCGAAUUGGUAGUGUUGGUGGUGAUUUAGCGUCUUUAACUAAUCUUGAUUCAGAUUUAUUCCAACGUAAUGGUAUCUUAGCUGCUUUUGAUAGUUGGGAACGUGCUAAAAAUUUAUUUGAUGAAUUAUUAAUUCCAUUUUCUCCAACUCAUUCAGAUGUUCAUUCAUCAGUUCAAAGUAAUAAACGCAGUCGUUCCUAUGGUAGACAAUCUUCACUUGAUAGUCCUUCGACGAAAUCAUAUAAAUCUGGAAUUGAUGAAGCACCUAAUUUAAUAUAUAUAUUUAUUAAAGAUGAUGUUAAUCUUCAACAAGGUUCAAAACUUGAAGAUGUUUUUCUUGAUUUUGUACAAUCAAAAUCUGAAGUUUGUAAAGCAAAAAAUAUCCGUCGAAUAACAUUUUCACUUGCAGCUAAGCGUCAAUUUCCACUUUAUUAUACUUAUCGAAAACGAUUAGAUUUUCAAGAAGAUAAAAUUUAUCGAAAUUUGGAACCAGCACUUGCUUAUCAAUUAGAAAUCUAUCGUUUACGUUCAUUUGAUUUAGAUUUUAUUCCAACAUCAAAUCAUAAAAUGCAUAUCUAUUUAGGCAAAGGCAAAAUUUAUAGCAAACAACAUGAUGCUAUUGAUCAUAGAUUUUUUGCACGAGCAAUUAUUCGUCAUUCAGAUUUUGUUACGAAAGAAGCAAGUUAUGAAUAUUUACAAAAUGAAGCUGAAAGAACAUUACUUGAAGCUAUGGAUGAAUUAGAAAUUGUUUUUUCACAUCCAUUAGCUAAUAAAACAGAUUGUAAUCAUGUUUUUAUGUGUGUUGUACCAACUGUUUGUAUUGAACCAGCAAAACUUGAAGAAAGUGUUCGUAGUAUGGUACUUCGUUAUGGUAUUCGUCUAUGGAAACUUCGUAUUCUUCAAGCUGAAUUAAAAAUGACCAUACGUCUAACACCUGAUUCUGAACGAAUACCAUUUCGUGUAUUUUUAACAUAUGAAAAUGGUUAUUAUCUUGAUAUAUCUCUUUAUCGUGAAGUAAAAAAUCCAACUACCGGACAAACGAUAUUUCAAUCCUAUAAUAGUGGUGAAACAGGUCCAUUAGAUGGUCGUGCAUUGCAUGAUCCAUAUGUAACAAAAGAUCAUUUACAAUAUAAACGUUUUACUGCUCAAUCAAAUAAUACAUCAUAUGUUUAUGAUAUUCCUGAAAUGUUUCGACAAGCAUCAUUAUUGAUAUGGAAACAAUAUUUAGAACGAAAUAAAUUGAGAGAAAAUUCAAUGCCAAAAGAUGUUUUUAAUUAUGAAGAACUUAUUCUUGAUAACACAAAUCAAGUUAAUCACAGUGAUUCAGCAUCUUUAUUAUCACCAGCAAUGAUCUCAUCAAAAUUAUCGCCACUUGAUACAAAUAAAUCAGAUGAUUAUCUUAAACAAUGUGGUCUUACAAUACGUCGACGUUCACCAGCAGAAAAUGAUUGUGGUAUGGUUGCAUGGCGUUUUCAUAUGAAAACACCUGAAUGUCCAAAUGGUCGUACAAUAAUUGUUAUUGCUAAUGAUAUAACAUAUAAAAUAGGUUCAUUUGGUAUUGAAGAAGAUUUAUUAUUUCAACGUGCUUCAGAAUUAUCACGUUUAGAACGUAUACCACGAAUAUAUAUAUCUGCAAAUAGUGGUGCACGUAUUGGUUUAGCUGAAGAAUUAAAAUUUCUUUAUCGUAUUGCAUGGAAUGAUCCAAAAGAUAUUGACAAAGGUAUUAAAUAUUUAUAUUUAUCAUCGGAUGAUUACUCACGUGUAUCACAUAUGAAUUGUGUACGAACAGAAAUUAUAAAUGAAGAUGGAGAAACAAGACAUAAAAUUCUAGAUAUUAUUGGGAAAGAAAAUAGUUUAGGUGUUGAAAAUUUACGUGGAUCAGGAAUGAUUGCUGGCGAAACUUCACUUGCAUAUAAUGUUAUUCCAACAAUUAGUUUAGUAACAUGUCGAGCUGUUGGUAUUGGUGCAUAUCUUGUUCGAUUAGGUUCUCGUGUAAUACAAGUUGAAAAUUCUCAUAUUAUAUUAACUGGUGCUGGUGCACUUAAUAAAGUUCUUGGUAGAGAAGUUUAUAAUAGUAAUAAUCAAUUAGGUGGUACACAAAUUAUGUUUAAUAAUGGUGUUACACAUGAUAUUGUUAAAGAUGAUUUUGAAGGAUGUGUACUUUUACUUCGUUGGCUUUCUUAUAUGCCUGAAACAAUGUCUCAUUCAUUACCAAUAUUAUCUGAAUUACAUGAUCCAAUAAAUCGUUCAAUUGAUUUUAUGCCAACAGCAACACCAUAUGAUCCACGACAUAUGAUUCAAGGAAGACAACUUACUUCUUUAUCACAAACAAAUAUUAAUAAUGAAAUAGGUUCAUCAACUUCGCCAACAUUUCAAACAGGUUUUUUUGAUCGAGAUUCAUUUAUUGAAAUAAUGAAAAAUUGGGCAAAAACUGUUGUUUGUGGUCGAGCUCGUCUCGGAGGAAUUCCAAUGGGUGUAAUUGCAGUUGAAACUCGUACAGUUGAAUUAGAACAACCAGCUGAUCCAGCUAAUUUUGAUUCUGAUGCACGUACUAUUCAACAAGCUGGACAAGUUUGGUUUCCUGAUUCAGCAUUUAAAACAGCACAAGCAAUUAAUGAUUUUAAACGUGAAAAUUUACCAUUAAUGAUAUUUGCUAAUUGGCGUGGUUUUAGUGGUGGAAUGAAAGAUAUGUUUGAUCAAAUAAUUAAAUUUGGUGCAUAUAUUGUGGAUGCUUUACGUGAAUAUGAACAACCUGUAUUUAUUUAUAUUCCACCAUGUGGUGAAUUACGUGGUGGAGCUUGGGUUGUUGUUGAUCCAACAAUUAAUUUAAGAUAUAUGGAAAUGUAUGCUGAUCGUAUGAGUCGUGGUAGUGUGUUGGAACCAGAGGGUACGGUAGAAAUAAAAUAUCGUUCAAAAGAUCUUAUACGUACAAUGCAUCGACUUGAUUCUAUUUGUCGUGAAUUAAUAACAAAUAUAGAUUUAGCCAUACCAGCAAAUAAUACGAAAGAAGAUUUAGAAAGACAAUUAGCUGAACGAGAAAAACAUUUAUUACCACUUUAUCAACAAGCUGCUGUUAUGUUUUGUGAUUUACAUGAUACACCUGGGAGAAUGUUAGAAAAAGGUGUUAUUCAAGAAAUACUUGACUGGCGAACAAGUCGAGAAUUCUUUUAUUGGCGUUUAAAACGACGUUUAGGAGAAGAUAAUGCAAUCAAAACACUUCUUACCGCUGAUUCUUCAUUAGAUUAUCAUAAAGCAUUAAAUUAUCUACAACAAUGGUUCAAUGAAGAUAAAAAAGAUAAUUCUCUUCAAUGGACAAAUGAUAAAGAAGUUGUUCAAUGGCUUGACGAAUUUAAUGAAUCUUCAUUAAUAAAUGAUCGUAUAACAAAUUUACAAAAAGAAAAUGCUCGUCAAAAAAUCUAUCGAGCAACAGUUAUUAACUCUUUAAGUAAUUCUACUAAAAUGCCAUUUAAACGUAAAGUGCAUGUUCUUUCAGAGGAAGAUACGACAAUUACAACUGUUCGAGGGUCUACUUCUGGUACGAUUUUAUCAAGCCUCCGAUUUAAAAUACCUGUAAUUACUGUUAUUAUAUUAUUAUUCGUUGCAAGUAUUGUUAUACCAAUCGUAUUAGUCAUACGCUCAAAUGACAAAACAUCAUCAUCCUCCUUUUCAACAACCGAAGGAUUUACUCAAAAUAUAACAUCAAACACAACAAUCAAUCAUUUGUACACAACAAGUACAUAUGUACCACCAAUAAUUUCAACAACAAGAACGAUAACAUCAACGGCUAGUACAAUGAAGGAACUUGUUACAAAUAGUACUGGCUAUUUAUCUUCAUUCAUUAUUACGACAACAGAUAAGUUGACAAAAUUUCCAUCAAAAGCAUCAACCAGUUUGGAUAUAACAACAUUAACUUCUACAACAAUAUCUACUGAAAAAAAUAAUAAUUUAUCAGUUACGGAUCAAGUCAUGCUUGAAACAAUAACAACAGCUAAAACAUCAACAAUAAGAUUAAGUACAACAACAACAAUUAAUCAACUAAAUUUACUGAGAAAUCCUGGUGCAGAAGAAGGAUCUAUUCUUGGUUGGACUCAGAUGGGACCUGCAGCUGUUAUAAUUGAUUCAAACGGAAACUUUAAUAAUGGGUAUCAUCCACGUACCGGAACUUAUUGUUUUGCUGGUGGACAUGGAUCAAAUGGUGAUUCUUCAAGUUUACUUCAAAAUAUUCCAUUGUUAACUGGUACUCAUCGUUUUACAGAAAUUCAACUUGAUGCUGGUAUUCUUAAAGUAGAAUGGAUAUUCUAUUAUCAAAGUUGGAAUCUUUUUUUUCAGCCUUAUGAUGAAACUGAAGUAAAAUUGGUAUUUCGAUCAUCUUCACAUGCUAUAAUACGUACAGAUAGUUCAGGAUCUUUAGCAUGUAAACCAAAUCCGGGAUGGUGUCCCUUUCAGCGUCAAGUUUUAUUACCACCAGGAACACGAAGUAUUGAUUAUGUUAUGACAUUUAUUCGAAAAGAUUUUGGAGGAAGCAACAUUGAUUCUUAUAUUGACGAUAACUCAUUGAGAAUGAUAUACUGA